ACGGAACGCACGCGGAGUACUCCGUAGAGCUGACGUGGAUGAUGUGCCUUUGGAUUGAAUCAGAGGGAGCCUUUGCAGAGCUCAUGAGAAUCCACACAUCGAACUGCUACGAACAAUACUAUGGCUCCGCGAGAAUCGCCCCGUCCAAAACCACGAGAACGAACACAUCGUCAGGCAAAGCGACCAUCACAUAGUCGAAGUCCACGAAAAUCAAGAUCCCACGGCACAUCCUCUGAAUCCAGCUCUCAUGCUCUGUCUGCAGAUGCGUUGGCAAAGUUAGAUAGGUUUAAUCAACUCAACCGACACUCCACAAGACGACAAGAGGUUACCCCCAAGAAAAAUCGACAAAGAAGAGAACGAGCUCUUAUAGAUGAGAAAAACGUGGUCGAACGAAGUAGAAAGCAACAUAAGAAUAAGAAGCGGCGAGUAGUCAGUGGGGCUCUGUUAGAAGAAGCAGAUGGCCAAAGGCUCCGGGGACUGCGAGGAGGAUAUAACAAGUAUGAGAAGGAAGAGGAAGAGGAAGACGAAGAGCAGGAUUUCUUGAAACGGAGAAAGCGGUUAUGGAUAUGCGUUGGUGUUUUUAUCUUACUUCUGGCUAUUAUAAUACCUGUUGCGGUGGUUGUCAGCAACAAGCACAGCUCGAACUCGAAUUCUUCCUCAAACGGAAAUCCCACUGGAACAGGGACACCUUCAAAUCAAAACCUCGGUGGAGAGUCGGAAUCAGAUAUCCCAGUAGCAGCAAGAGGGUCGUACCUUGAUCCGUUCACUUGGUACGAUACAACAGACUUCAAUGUCACCUACACGAAUGAUACCGUAGGCGGGCUUCCUAUUAUGGGCCUAAACUCGACAUGGGAUGAUUCAAAGAGUGCAAAUCCCAAUACCCCACCUAUCGAUAGUCCCUGGGGCUCCUACGCGGAUCGACCAGUACGAGGUGUCAACCUGGGAGGCUGGUUAUCGAUAGAGCCCUUCAUUACGCCCUCCCUAUUUAACUACGAUCCUAAACUCGGAAUUAUCGAUGAGUGGACAUUGACCUCUUACCUAGGCGCUGAUGGGGCAAAAUCAACUUUGGAGAAGCAUUAUGCAACGUUCGUGACCGAGCAAACGUUUAUCGACAUUGCGAAUAGUGGACUCGAUCAUGUUCGGAUCCCUUACUCCUACUGGGCAGUAGUGACUUACGAUGAUGACCCCUACGUCUUCCGGAUUUCUUGGCGCUACCUCUUGAGAGGUAUUGAGUGGGCGCGUAAACAUGGACUGCGGAUCAAUUUGGAUCUUCAUGCGCUUCCGGGGAGUCAAAAUGGAUGGAAUCAUAGCGGACGUCAAGGCACGAUUGGGUGGCUGAAUGGAACAAACGGGCAGCUGAACGCCCAGCGUUCUCUCGACAUCCACAACCAGCUGUCCCAAUUCUUCGCACAAGACCGUUACAAGAACAUCAUCUCAUUCUAUGGCCUCGUGAAUGAACCUAAGAUGACGGCCCUUCAACCCUCGGACGUCAUAAGCUGGACAGCCUCCGCCUAUGAUAUAGUCCGCAAAAACGGCAUCAAUGCCUACAUCGUCUUCGGCGAUGGUUUCAUGGGCCUCGCAAAAUGGCAAGGCCAACUCCAAAACCAGCCCGGGUUGGUGCUCGACGCGCACCAGUACGUGAUCUUCAACUCCGGGCAGAUCAAGUACAAUCACACGCAGAAGGUAGCGUACGCCUGCUCCGGCUGGACGCAGCAAACCGAGCAGAGCAUGAACGUCGCGACGGGCUUCGGCCCUACAAUCUUCGCCGAGUGGUCGCAGGCCGACACGGACUGCGCGCAGUACCUGAACAACGUCGGCUGGGGCACGCGCUGGAUGGGGACAUACGCGUCGGGGGACCCGAGCACGCAGGUGCUGUCGCCGGACUGCCCGACGCAGGACGCGCAGUGCUCGUGCACGAACGCCAAUGCCGACCCGAGCCAGUACAGCAGCACGUACAAGCAGUUCCUGCAGAUGUUCGCUGAGGCGCAGAUGGCCAGCUUCGAGAAGGGCUGGGGCUGGUUCUACUGGACGUGGGCGACGGAGAGCGCGACGCAGUGGAGUUAUCAGCUGGGUCUCGCCGCCGGCAUCUUGCCUGCCAAGGCAUAUGCCCCGGAAUUUAACUGCACGGCGACCAUCCCGAGCUUUUCCGGGUUACCUGAGUAUUAUUAGGCUGUAUAUAGAUGAGGGUGGAUUAUGCUGGUUUAUAUAAGAGGGGAGGAUAUAGCGUUGGCGUUGGCGUUGGCUUUUGGCAUUAUGUGGAGUUCUGAUGAGGCAUUAGCGAUGGAAAGGGAUAUUGCAUUUAGAUAUGAAGCGAAUGUGAAUGAUUGUAACUAGGAAAACUUUGAGUGAGCUACCGAUGUAGUAUAUCUUGUCAAGAUAAGACGCAUUCACUUGAGCUAAUUAAUUCUAUGCGUCUGGUAUACCUAUAUACAAAUAGGCCCUGUGAGAACGAAGGGCAAGAUCAACCAACAAAUGAGACAAGUACACCUU